AUGGUGAAUUGUAAUGAUACCGACAUAAACCAACAAGUCGAAGGCUUGGUGACGCCAACGCCCACAGGUGAAGUUGAGGCUCAAGCUAAGAAGUCUAAAUCCUCUGGGAAGAAGCGGAAUAAGGCUCCUUGGGCUAAGCUUCUUUCUCAGUACCCACAGAACCCUCAUCGUGUCAUGAAAGGCCCUGUGUUUACUGUUGGACGGCAGGGGUAUUUGGACAAGGAACAGCUUCUUGUGAAUGCAGCAAGAGCCUCUAGAGUUGAGAACCAGGAUGCUAUUGAUGCUUGUAUUGUGGGAAUGCUUGGAGAUCCUAGAGAAGCAAGAGUGGGUAUCACUGAAGUCCAUUUCUUUCCUUUUAACCCUGUGGAUAAGCGUACUGCUAUCAAUUACAUUGAUGCUAAUGAAAAAUGGCACAGUGUCAGCAAAGGCGCACCAGAGCAAAUCAUUGAGCUCUGUAACCUUAGAGAGGAUACAAAGAAGAGAGCUCAUGACAUCAUUGACAAGGUUUCUGACAGAGGACUUUGUUCUCUUGCUGUUGGCAGACAGACUGUCUCUGAGAAAGAAAAAAACAGCCCUGGAGAGCCAUGGCAGUUUCUUGGUCUGUUACCACUCUUUGACCCUCCAAGACAUGACAGUGCAGAGACAAUCAGACGUGCUCUUGACCUUGGUGUCAAUGUCAAGAUGAUCACUGGUGACCAGCUCGCCAUUGGUAAGGAGACUGGUCGUAGGCUCGGUAUGGGCACAAACAUGUAUCCUUCUUCUGCUCUACUGUUUGCAACACUUUAA